AUGUGUGAAAACGAAGAUAAUAUAAUUACAAUAGGAAAAUAUGUAAUAGUAAAAAAAUUAAAUUUCAAAAAAAUUUAUAAGGUAACUAUUGAUGGUACUUUAAUGUUGGGAAAAGAUUUAGUACAAAUGCAUGAAAUUAUUGGAAAACGUUUUUGGACCACUUUUGAAAUGAUACCAAUGAAAGACAAAAAACGAACAUAUUUUUUAAAAGAGGUAUUAGAAACAGAAUCAUUAAAUGAUUUAUUAAAUGAACUACCAAGUGGUACUGAUAAUCGUUCUAUAGUUGAUGAUGGUAAGUCACAAAAACUUUCUAAGGAAGAAAUAUUUCAACUUCAAGAAUCUGGUAAGAGUAGUAAAGAAAUAGUAAGCAGCCUAAUUGAGAAUAAUAAGUCUUUCUUAGAUAGAACAGAAUAUUCUCAGGAAAAAUAUUUGAAAAAGAAAGAAAAGAAAUAUUUUAGAUAUAUAACAAUAUGGAAACCAAAUAUAAGUUCAUUACAUGAUAUAUAUUUUAAGCUAGAUCAUAAUAAAAUUGGAAAUUUAAGAAUGGAUUCUUUAUCGCAAUUAUUGUCAUACAGUGAUGUUCAAUCAGAUGGAUUAUAUAUAUUAUAUGAUAGUGGAUCACAUGGCUUGCCAGCUGCUGCAAUGUUAAAUAGAAUAGGUUCAAAUACAAAAGGAUAUUUAAUUAAUUUGCAUCCUGGAAAUGUUCCUCAAACUGCUCUUGUCCAUGCCAUGAAUUUUUCUACAGAACAAUUAACGAGAUUAAUUAAUGUUAAUAUUUACAGUUUUUUAAGACUAUAUUAUCAAGGUGAAAAUGCUGUUUUAAAUAACAUUUCAAAAAAAUGUAAUUUAAAACAUGAUUUGUCAAAUAAAAUAAAAGAAGAUGAAAGUAAAAAUAAUAAUGAAAAUCACAUAAAUAAUAAAAUUUCGCGAAUAAAAGAAGAAAAUAUUAAAGCGCGAAAUUCGGAUAGUGUUAAUGAAUCAAAUGAAAAUGAAACAAUUGAUCAUAGCAUAGAUAAUAAUUUAAAACGCAAAUUAAAUGAAUGUAAUGAAUGUAAAUUUGCAGAAGUAACGCCUGCAAAGAAACCAAAGUGGUUAUUGGAAACGCAACGUGCAGUAAACCUUUUUACAAAUUCUAAAGCUCGGGGAUUAGCUAUUAUUGCUAAAGAACAUCCUUUAAAUAUCAUUGUUGCUCUUUUACCAUUUUUAGGAGCAUCUAGACCAUUUGUAAUUUAUCACAUGUAUCGAGAAUCGUUACAAGAGACUUAUAUGAUGUUAAAACAAAAACAAAAUGUUAUUAAUCUGAGACUUUUUUCCAAUUUUUUACGUUCGUACCAAGUAUUACCUGAUCGAACACAUCCUGAUAUUUUAAGUAGUGAUACAGGAGGUUAUUUAUUAACAGGAUAUUUAGUUCAAUAAAAAAUAAUAUUAAAUAAUUAAAAUUUUAUAUAUUUAAAAAUCGAAUUAAAUAAAAUUUAUGCGAUAAAUAUAAUAACGAUAUACUUUUUAUAAAUGCUUUAGAUUUAAAUUAAUUUUUGAAAAAAAUAAAGAAAUAUUAUUUAAUA